AAUAUACUGGAUGUGCUCAAAAUAUCAAAAUUCACACUACAGGAAAACACAGGCGAGAUCACUAGGAGAAACAGAGAGAGAGAGAGAGAGAGCGAUGGAAAUGGUGGAAAGUAGAUUCAGAAUGAUGAAAAAAUCACAGAAGAUGACCUUAGAGAAGUACCUCGAUUACAUUGACAGUAACAAGCAAUUCGAUCUCACAAUCGCUAAUCUCAAUGAGAUCAUCAGCAUUCACGGAUUCAAGAAAACCAAGGGUCAAAAGAAGGUUCUGGCUGAGGCCGUGAACACCAUAGAGUUAAUGGACCUGCGACGCUCCACAUUGCAAGAGGAGAUAUCAUCAGAAGCGUUCGUUUCUCUCGAUGAAGCAAUCAAAGACCUCACUCAUCUCAAUUGGCAAGAGUGUUGUGUCACCUCUCUGCAAACCAUUUGUUUCUCUAAUGGAGUCAGAGACUCAAAUCACUGCCAGGCGAAGACUAAUGCUUCAGCUUCUUCAAUGCCGAAUAUGCCACCACCAACGAAGAAACCAAAGGUUCGAUCAGUUUAAGUCUUGUUACUUGGAAUGAAAACAAAAUUAAGAAAAAAGUGUCUGUCUUCGUGGCGUAGGAUUACCAGUAUUGAAAAUGAAAUAAGUCCAAAUAGAACAAAAAGGCAAUAACUGAUCUUCACUAGCUUAUUUGAUACAUAGUUUUAUUGAUAAUCGAUCAUGGUUGAUCAGAAUUGAGGUACAAACUACAAUCUAUGCCCAAAAAUUAUUGAUCUCGAGCCUGAAGUGAAUCUUUUCCUUGGUUAUUUCAUAGUAAUGUUUAGAUUUUGUAUAUAUGAUAACUCGAUAUACACAAGUAUUCUCUCGAUUGAAAGUAAAGAA